AUGAUUUAUUAUUCAUUUAAGUUACGCUGGGCUUUAUUUUUUUUCCUUCUAGUAACACUUUUUAAAAUAAAUAAUGUUUUUUCAAAAAGGAAACGAAAAACGUAUGUAAAAAAUGUAAAGUGGUAUCCCCAAAGAAUUAAUCAUUACUAUAUAAACGGUGUAGUGUUCCCAAGAAAGAGAAGAAGGCUCGCCACAUUCUUUGUGUUUCUUGGAAAUAAUGGAAAAAAGAAAAACAAAAGAAAUUAUAAAUUUAAUAUUAAGAGUAAGUUAAACGUUGAAGGGGAGAACAAAAAUGAAGAUGACCAAAAAAAUGAAGGUGACCAAAAAAAUGAAGAUGACCAAAAAAAUGAAGAUGACCAAAAAAAUGAAGAUGACCAAAAAAAUGAAGGUGACCAAAAAAAUGAAGAUGACCAAAAAAAUGAAGGUGAUCAGAAAAAAAACGAAUAUAACAACAAAAUGUAUAAUACCGAACCCAUUGAUGAUAAAAAUCAAUUCAUUAGUAGAACCUUUGAAGGCAUAAAUAUAUUUCCCAUAAAACAAAAUGAAAAAGAUCAAGAUUAUUUAAAAACCAAACUUCCGUCUAAAGAAUUUAAACCUAAAAGAAGCUUAGGACAAAAUUAUUUAAAAGAUACAAAUAUUAUAAAGAAAAUGAUAAGUGCUAUAGAAUACAAUGUCGAACACCAUCUUUUUCAAAAUAAGAAAAGGAUGAGUGUGAGGAAAGAAGAAGACAAAAAAAAAAAAAAUAAAAAAAAAAAAAUAAAUAAUAAUAAAAAAAAAAAAAAAAAAAAAAAUAACAAUAAUAAUAAUAAUAAUAAUAAUAAUAAUCAAAAUAAUAAUCAAAAUAACAAUAAUAAUAAUAAUAAUCAAAAUAACAAUAAUUAUAAUAAUAAUAAUUAUAAUAGUCCAAAUCAGGAACAGUGUGAUGAUAUAAAAACAAAACAAUAUGUAAAAGAUAAUGUAGAAAAUAAUAAAAAAAUCGAUGAACAACAAAAUUGUUGUAAAGAAUCUUAUAACGAAGACAAAGAAAAAAAUAAUCACAAUUGUAUUGAUGGAAUAUACACAGAAGAUAUAAUUACGAAAAAAAAAAAAUGUAAUAAUGAUAACAUUACAGAAGAAGGAGAAAAUAUGAAUGUUCAGAAUUUAGAAAGUUUACAAAAUGAUGGUAACGGUGUUAUAGAAUUAGGAUGUGGACUUGGUCAAAUAAGUAAAUAUUUAUUUAGUAAAUAUAAAAAUAUGACGGGAAUAGAAAUUGAUAGUAGAGCUUUAUCCAUAAUUAGUCGAACGAUGCCUGGAUUUGAUUUUAUUCAUGAUGAUGUGUUACAAAUAAAUUAUAAAGAAUUAUCUAUAAAUAAAAAAACAAAACUAACUAUUAUUGGAAAUCUCCCAUUCUAUAUAACAUCACAAAUUUUGUUUUGUCUAUUGGAUUUUCAUAAAUAUAUAGAACAAGCUAUUGUUACUAUACAAUAUGAAGUAGGUGAAAGAAUUGUAGCCAAACCUAAUCAAAAAAAUUAUUCAAUCUUAAGUAUUUUAUUUCAUUUAUUCACCUAUCCAUAUUUACUUUUUAAAAUACCCAGCAAAGCAUUUUAUCCAGUACCUAAAGUUCAAGCAGCUGUUAUGAAAAUAAUAUUCAAAAAUCACGAAUCAUAUUAUAAACAUAUUAAUUGUAAUUUAUUAUUUCUUAAAAAAAUACUCAAAUACUCAUUUCAACAAAGAAGAAAAAAAUUAAAAAGUAGCUUAAAAAAACUAUUAAUACAAUAUAAUAUACCUAAAUUACCUGAACAAUUCAUAAAUCUAAGACCACAACAAUUAUAUCCUUAUCAAUUUGUAGAACUCACAAAUCUGCUUUUUCCCCUCCAAAAUUAUCCUUUCAAUCCUAAUAUACACACAAAAGUUUGGAGAAAAAAAAAACACGGCGAUUAA